AUGGAUCUCGCAAAUACGCUCAUUCGGAGCGUGGCGCGCGCCUUCUACGAGACCCGCCACAUCUUGGUAGUGGAUGCGCUCUUCCUUCACUCGGUUCUACAUGCCGAAGACCUCGCCUUCUUGAUGGGAAUGCAACAGAAAGACCUUCGCAAGCUCUGCGCCAGGCUGCGGGAGGACCGCCUCAUCGCAGUAAGCACUCGAGCCGAAAUCCGUGAUGGAUCGACCCGCCCUGUGAACCGUGAAUACUACUACAUUCCUCUGCACCCGGUCAUCGAUGCGAUCAAAUACAAGGUCUCGAAAUUGACCUCGACGAUCAAGGCGCAAUAUACGCCGAGUGAAGAACGAAAGGAAUACAUCUGUCUGCGAUGUGGAACCGAAUGGACGGAGCUCGACGUGCUGAGUCUGGUCUCCGAGGAAGGGUUCGAGUGUCAGAACUGCGGCGCGAUCCUGGAACGAACCGAGGAUGUCAAGGGAGUUGAGGGCAUCGACCGCACGGGCCACGAGAAAAACAGCCGACUCAUGGCACAACUGGACAGCAUGCUCAAGUUGCUGAAGCAGAUCGACUCGGUCGAGAUUCCGCCCAACGACUUCGACACCGCGUGGGAUCACAAGGUCGAUGUCCUCCGCAACCAGAGCAUACACCCGAUCCGCGCGGCGAUCGCAGUGCCUUCCAAACAGCCGAAUAUUAUCCGUGGCACCAUGAAGACGGACGAGUCGGCCAUCGAAAUUUCGCUUACAUCAACCGAGGAGAAGAGUGCUGCCGAGCAGGCCGAGGAAGUCGCUCGCAAAGCUGCCGUGGAGAAGCAGAAUGCUCUUCCAGUCUGGCACACGCAUUCCACUGUCGACGCCGAUACGCCUGGUACUACGCAUGUCAAGAGCGAGGCUGGCGUGACCGUGAAGCCAGACCUUGCCGAUGAGGACCAGAAGCCAGGCCUGGAUGCGUUGGACGACAAGGUUGCCGCCUACUAUGCCGAGAUGGAGCGGGAGAAGGCGUUACAGGCCCAGGAAGACGCCAGCAGUGCCGAAGAAGACUCGGAUGAAUUCGAUGAGGAAUUCGAAGAUGUCGGCGGUACUUCUGCCCCCAGUGGACCGAACACGCCUGCGACAGGUGGUCCAACCAGUGCGCCCGUACCUUCUUCUGGGGUAGCUGGAAUUAAACGUGAACACGACGCCGACUCCAGUCCUAGCGCCGCUCGGUCCUCCACAGGGACCCCGUCCUCGCUCGCCGACGACGGACCAGCAGCAAAGAGGUUGAAGGUUGAACCAGAUACUGCGGCUGAGCCGGCCAUCAAACCGGAUCCUGAUGCGAAGACCGAGCCUGCGGUGAAAGAGGAGGCGGUUGGCGUCUACAGCCACCUCACUUUGGGGUACAUCCCAACGUGGUUCUCUCUGGUGGGUGGCCACUGGACGUAA